UCAGCAGACUGGCUAUAGGAGGGAAAGAGAACCAGGAUAUUUUUAGUCUCAAUUAUACCCUGAAUUCUGUUUUUUCUCUUUAUUUUGAAAAUUCCUGUACUUGUGACAAACAAGGAUCUCGGUGUAGCACGGGAGCCUUGCUUCCUUGGCUGUGGUCAAUUCAGUAAAGGAAAGGCACCAAAAGCACGCGCUUUUGUGGAGAUGAUAAGAUGCUGGUAGACCCUUUGGUGCUGAAGAAGAAGCUCAAUAGGAUGGCAACAGAGCAAGGGGCCUUUGCUGUUCUCAGCAGCCUGCUGCUGUACGUCACCGAGCUCGCAGCUGGCGAUCCGCAGCUCAGCAGCAAGAGGACAAAAUGGGCAGAAGGUAAAGAAAACAAGGUGAGUUAUAACCAGCCAUGUCCAGGUCCAAACAGGGGCCAGCAUCCCACCAGAUUUCAGCUCUUGCGGUCCAGAUUUCUAAACAACAAUCGCGAGCCGUACACCAAGAAAAGAAGAGAAGUCGGCAAACUGGUCAUUAAAGAGAAGCUGUGGGUGAGCAGGGCUGGUAACAGAGACAGGAAAGGAGAUGGAAAAGCAGCAGAGGAGGAUGCAGACAAAGCGCCCAGUGAGAGGGCCAGGUGGAGCAGCGCUGGUGGGAAAAACACAGUGAAGAGCAUCCUGAAGAAAUUUUUAGCUGCUGAAGAAAAAGAAGCCAAGGAGAAGUCUCCCAGCUGGAAAAAGAAGGGACCAGACAGCGGUUUGCCAAAAAUAGUCAACAGGAGUUCGGUUCUGUCCAAACUGAAGGAGCAGUUUGAACAAAGCGCUCUCUGCUCAGCUGCAGACGUGAAAGCAUCGCUCUUGCGCAAAGGUGAGAAAAAGACUAAAAACUUCCCGAGCAGAAAAACUAUUCGUAAGCCAGAGGUCAGAGUGCUGCGCACGGCGGCAAUGACAGCCACAGGUAUAAACAGCCCAGAGACCCAAUAUUUAGUGUGCUCCACAGUCCCAGUGCCCAAACUCAGCAUUGCUACCGAAAUUAACCAUCCUUGGAGCUGGUUGAAAAAUAAUGCAGCAAAGCAGCCUUUUGGUCAUGACACACCACUAGAGGAAAAAAGGGUGUCUGACAGAGAGCCUGGUGAGAACAAGACACCAAGAAAUGCAGCACAGGACAGGGAGGACAAAAAAGAGUUACCAGUGGCACCCAAGGCCAUGUCUGAUGCAAAGGAUCAUGCUGAGGCUAAAAUAGAUUCCACAAAGCAAGGACCCAACUUUAACCCUAAUCCAGACAGCUCUUCUACUACCUGUCAAAACAAAGCUCUUGCAGACUGCAUUCCUCCCUCGUCUGAACAUAGUCUAGGCUGCAACAGGAACAACAUGCCAGCUGGGCCUGAUACACCUUCACUAUUGGGGGUUACCAAUGCUGUGCAACACGUUAAGGAAGAUGUCCCACCUUCUAACUCACCUUACUCUAGCACAGCUGAAGGAUCCCAUGAACAAAGUCCUCAGGAUACUAAAACAGGUGAGAUUCCUGAAAUAACUAUGUACGUAUACAGUUCAGAGGAAGCUGACACAGAGCUCACAGAGCCAGAAAAGGAUCCUUUCUUUACAGGCCAAAAAUUUUUUCCAGAGCAGAAAGCACUGGAAAACAUUCUGCCAUUUGAGUCUUCAGGAGUUCCAGCAUCUUAUGAAGUUGAGCCUCCAAUGGAGGACCGACAGCUAAUUGUCCUAACACCAGCUUCUGGCAAAAGGCCACCAAUAGUCCAAAAAGAGGCACCAGGUUUAAGAGGCAGAUGUUCUGAGGAAGCCAAAGAUGGAGUGAAAUAUCACAGUGAAGACAAAGCAUCCUCUACUUCUAGCAAAAAUGAUAGUGAUAUCCCAACUAAAAAGGAAGAGGAGAAUAAACCACCCAACAGCCAAAUGCAAAAUGAAUCCAAAACCAAGCAGCUACAGCCUCCUCAAACGCCCAGCCCACAAAAUAACUUUGUUAAUUCCAGUGCUGACAUACCAAAUCCAGAUGUAAAUCAGACCAAACCCACGCUAUCCUCAAAUGAGAACAAGGAGCAGAAACCUGGUACCGCAGAAGAGCACAUGUCUUCUGAUUUGGACAAGACACAAACCCCCUUGCCAGGUGACCUUGUGAAGCACAGCUUCUACUUCACAGAAGAAGAUUUUGGGAAGGAGAAAUUAUCUUCAUCAAAUGAAAGGAUGAAUCAUGCAAACAAUCGAGCGCUGGGCAAGAGUACCUUGACUGACCUGGAGACCUGUCACAGUCAAUCUAAAUCUUUCCUUGAGCGUGAAGAGGCCACUGCAGAUGACAUGCCAUGGCCUGACUCUGAGGUAUGCCAGUCACCAUCAUCAAACCCUUUACCAACACCAAUGAGUGGGAUUGCAGGACAAAGAAUCCAUCACACCCUUGGAAAUCCCCCAGCCCUUCCACCUAUUGAUCUGGUGAGACAGGGAGCUGGUGGUGUGGAAGAUGAGCAUGCCAGCCAUGGAUGUGAGAAGCACCCACUACCUUCUUCAGAUGAGCUGACAAACUGUGGAAAUGAUACUACAGUGGAGAAGAAAACUGCAUGUGAUUUCAAGAACCAAGUGCCAUCCCCAAAUCAUGCAACUGAAAAUGAAAACUCAACAGCUGAAGAGACAAACGCAUAUCAGAGCACUGAGAAUUGUCUUUUGCUUUCAACCAAGAAGCCAGGAAAAUAUGAAAAUAAAACCACGCUAACAAGAAAGCCCCUACUACCCUUGGAGAAGAAUCGAACACCAACUUCAGAUGAUACCAUGAAGGAAGGAAGUGACAUGCCAGAAGAGAACCUAUUUCCUUCCUCAACUGAAUUGGACUCAGACCAAAAGAAGCAUGCAAAAGGUAGUAAUAAAUUCUCCAAACAUAAAAAGGAUAAGCUCUUGUCAUCAGAUGAUGACAUGAAGCAUGAGAAUGAUAAGAGGGAUACAGAGGAGAGAGAAGAGAGAAAUAUCUUGCAUAAAUCUGAGGAGGAACACGUAUCCACACCAAGUGAUACGAUGGAUCAUGAUAAUAACUCUUCAAACGAGGAUAAUGCUCAUAGACCUCAGACAUCCCAGUUUCCUUCAUCAGAGCAUGAUACCAACUUUCAAGGAGUGAAAAAUACUGGGCAGAGUUUAAAAUGUCUAACACCUUCAAGAGAUUUUGUGAGGCACAAACAUGAGCUGACAGUAGAUGAAAACACCUGCUGCAAUAAUGGGAAACACAACCUAUCCUCAUCAAAUGAACCAAUGAAACAUGCAAACGGCAGUGCAGAGGAAAGAAACAUCAAGUCAAACUUCAAGAAUUAUUCAAUGACAACAAGGAAUACAUCAAGGCAGGACAAUAAGACCAAUGAUGAGGAAAAUACCCCUCCUAACUUGAAAAAAGAACCCGUGCAGCAUAAAAAGGUUGGUGAAGGAGAAAGUAAUACUUCAUGUGAUCCUAAAAAUGAAAUACCAUCACGAAAUCCAUUGAUAAAGCAAGACAAGAAAUCGUCCCCUCUAGAGACACAGAAGCAGAUGUCACCAGGUGACUUUGUAAAGCCUGAAACUAAGUCAGCUGAAAAAAAGACUAAACACACCUCUGAGAAGUUCCAGUCACCUUCAAACAAAGUGCUGAAGCCUCAAGAAAGAAGCUCUUCAGGAGAGAGGAAGCAAAAGACAUCAGCAGCAGAGGACACCAGGUCACCUGAAACAAAGGCUCUAAAAGAGGAUAUUGAGCACCAGCGUUCUGGGAAGUACCAGCUUCCUCCUUCAACAGAAUCAGCAAAGCAUGAGGAAAACACUCCAGGAGGAGACCAGCAGCAAACGAGAUGUGAAGAUUUUAUGAUGACUGAUAUGAAUGCUGCAAAAAAGAAGAGCAAAUUUCCAAGUUCCAGGAAGUACCGAUCAAUAUCAUCAGAAAUAUUGGUUAAGCCUCAAGAAAUAAAUACUCCAGAACAAAAGCAACAAACACCACCUUCUACAGGUUUUAAGAAGCCUGGUACUAACGCUGUAAAAGAAAAAAAUGGAGAUCCAAACUCUGAGAAGUCACCCUCCUCAAAGAAAGUGCUCAAGUCCCAAGAGAAAAAUACUUCAGUGGACAGAAAGCAAAGGACACCAGCAGCAGAGGACAUCAGGUCAACUGAAGCAAAGACUGUAAAGGAGGACGAAGAACACCAGGGUUCUGGAAACCAUCAGUUUGGAUCUGGAAACCAUCAGUUACCUCCUUCAAGUAAAUCAUCAAAGCCUGAGAAAAAUACUCCAGAGGGAGAAAACCAACAGACUGUAUCUGAAAGUUUUACAAAGCCUGAUGCAAGUGCUGUAAAAGAUAAAAGCAAAGACCCAGGUUCUGGGAUGUGCCAGUCCCCAUCUCCGAAUUCACUGGUGAAGCCUCAAGAAAAGAAUGCCACAGCCAAAAAGAAGCAAUCGCCGCCACCACCUGAUGAAAAAACAAUGUAUAAAACUGGUAAUCCAGAAGUGAAGAGUCGACCUGAGAGAAGAGAGAAAUACCAACUACGCUCUUCAACUCAAUCAGAGAAACACAGCAGUGAUGGCUCAGGAAAGGAAGGCCCUGUGGGCAACCUCAAGAACUAUCAAACUCCAUUGCCAAGUGAUGGCAUAAAUUGUAAUACUGUCCCAAAAGAGUCCAGUUUGUCUCAUACAGAGAAGUCCCCCAAAUCAUCCUCAGUUCAUGUUGCAUCAAAAGAUGAGGAAAAUCCUGCUGGAAAUAGAAAAAGACAGCCUGGAUUUAAGAAGUACCAAGCACUCUCAUCAAAGAAUUUGGUGAGGCAUGAGAAAGAUGUUGGUGAAAGGGAGGGGAGCUGGCAGGCAGCUGGCAAAACAAAUGAGAGAAAAGCAGAACUGGAGGACUGCUCUAAAGCAGCGCCAUUCUCAAAAUACACAGUGGAAAGCUACAGUGAAAGACCCUUAGAUUCAUCUUUCAAACCAUUGAUCAUUAGAGUAACUGACACAUUUAAACAUCACAGCUAAAAAAUACAGCUACAGCUUAGGCAAGAACUUACAACUGAUCAUGCCACCGCUUCCCUCGAUCUUUCUUUUUUCCUUUACUCUCCAGGGCAUUAUAUUAUCAUUUUUUAAUCACGAGGACAUUGAUGUGCAUCUAUCUGAGCUGGGCUUUUUUUCUUUCUUAACCAUUAGCCUGAAGACAUGAAUUAAAUUAAUCACCGCAAGUGAAUUAGCUAAUCACUGAAUUAAUCAUUGGUUUAUAAAUUAAAUAUGAGAAGGGCUUUGAGAUCAGCGUGAAUUCAGCCCCACUCCAGACUCUCCUUGCUAACUAAUGGGGUUUGUUUGUAACAAAGACCACUGUUCAGGGUGAACUUUAUUUGUAUUUACUUAUUCUAAUGAAACUCCACUAGUACUUUUUCCAGGAAUGGUGGUAGGCAGUGACAGCUUUAAUUAUGUCAAAAAGCGCCUGUUUUAAGUUCUGCCUUUUCACAGAUUAAUGGGAACUGUUGAUCUAUUGCUGCACUGAGUGACGCCAUUGGUAGAAGUAGUGAGGGAAGGAGGGGAAUGCUUCAUUUAUCUGCAGAAAAGUCCUCAAAGAACAUUGAUGCUACAAGAGGAUUUACCACGAAUGCAAAUGCUCAGCCUCAUUAAUAUUAAUAUUGGAAAAAUAAUGAUUUAACGUCCUCUGAAGCUAUUUGCACUUUGGCCAUACACCGUAUGAGUUAUUGUUGUAAAGAUACACCAUUUCAAGGGAUUCUUAAUUACUGCAGAUGAACAUGCAACAAGUGUAAGACCUCAGAAAAGCUCGACACUGAAGGGCCCUGAGGACCUCUCCUGAGGACAAUGUAAGCCAGAAAGACUCAAGAAUUUGCCAGGGCAAUUCAGUUCUUCCUGGGACAUCUGUCCCACUCCGAAUCCCAAGGCACACAGACAUGAGGCAGGUGCCGCAGAUCACAUUAAAAGUCUUAGGAAGUGUUUAUUUUACAACACAAUGUGAAACGGAGCAGUAAGAAGCAGCCAGUGUCACUGGAUCCUGCUAAGGGGAUAGGAUUUUUUGUGUUUACAGUAAUAGCGACUUCUGCACAAAGUCUGCACAUGACAAACAUUGUUUUGGAGAAGUGAGGGCAGGGUUGCUGCCAUGGGUGUCAUAGCAAAGCGGUGACGGACAGAGAAAUCUUACAGCACCACUCUCCCAUAUGCCAGUUUAGCUCAGCGUUGUAACCACACAUCCAGGUUAAAACUUACUGUGGAGGAACCCCAAAGGCACAUCCUAAGGACCCACCUUCACAAAGUUGCAGAGCUACGCAGAAAGAGAGAGGGUUUACACAAGUGAGGUCCUGCUCCCCCAUGGCAGUGACUUCCCCUCAAUUUUUAAGACGCUCUCCGUGACUGCACUCCGUGCGGCCAAGGGCUGGCCGUUCCUCCAGCCCAGGCUGGCAGAGUGCCCUGACCCGCUGCCAGCAAGGCAAUGAGGACAAGAGCAGGCUGGCAGCAAGCUGAGAUCAAACCCGUUUACCAGCACAAUGCACACGAGUCACAUACGUGACAACUGGGCUGGCCUGGCCGGGGACACUGCCGGGAGGAAGAGGGGUCAUGAACAUCGUGUCCCCUGAUGGCUGAAGAAGUUUAGACUUUCUUACCCUUCAUAACAUGCCAAGAAUGAGGCUUUCUGGCAUCCAGAGGCUCACAAAAUGGAAAUCAAGUAUGUACAUCGCACCAGUCCUCAAAACACAGGGUAAACGGAAUUUAUUGGUGGUACAAGACCACCCUUGUGUGCAGGGGUGUGUUUCACCCACUGCUUUUAUGAGCUGGCAACCAUAAAGGCCACUUUGUACUAAACCUAAAUGUUAAUUUACUUUUUAUUGUCCAUGAUUUCAUUUCCCAUUUGAGAAAAGCCCUUACAACAUAAAGCUUUUGCACCAGACUUGAAUAGCAAAUUCUGUAUUAGCUGGCUUCUCCUUCUCCUGCCACCACAGGAGAAGCCGUUUUAAUUAUUGUUUUUCCAAUCUUUUAAAAGAAAUUUUAAGGGUUGUUUUUUUUUGUUUGGGGGUUUUUUUUCCUUAUUCACAUCUGGAAAGAUCACUACCCUGUCACAAAUUAAAGGACUUCUGUCUGCCAGAUAUUAAGCAGGUACCUCCCCAGGAGAGCUAGUCAAGUGUGUACCGGGCGUCCUUCAACUCUUUCAAUUUACACCCGCAAUAUCUGUUUUUCUCAGUAGAGGUAGAGCAGUAGGAGACUCAGGCACAGCACCCUGUCUUCAGGACAAGUCAGGCAGAGUCAUCUUGUGGGGUUUAAUUUUUAGGUUAGUGCAUGCCUUAAUCUCUGCUGGUAAGACAUAAAUCAUCCAGCCAAGUCAAUUGAUCAUUCCUCCCUGAAGUGCACUUAAAACAUGGCAAAGCUUUGCACUAAAUGCAUCCUUAAGGCUGAUGCCUCACAUAAGCAAGUCACGGAGAUUCCCUUCAGGAGUUAGCACAAGUAAUCCUCCAGGAAAGGAGAGGGUGAGGCCUUACUAAUUCCAGUGGCGAUGGCUGGAAGAGGAGUAGAAGGCCGGUGUGACUUGCCCAACAGCCCAAAACAAGCCGCUCCAGAUCACGUUGGCAGAAAAUUUAGCACUGUUGAUAAGGAAAGAAAUGCCAGAAAUGAGUAUUUCAGAAAAAGCAAGAGUUCAAGGAGGGGUACACAGGUCUACAUCAGCUGUGCCAGAAAGCGUGCAAACGGCCAGGCUCGAGCGCUGGUGGGAGAUACACAAACCGAAAAGUUUCAUUUCAGUUUUGGGGCCAGUUUUGUUUAAUAUCUUUAUCAAUGAUCUGGAUGAGGGGAUUGAGUGCACCCUCAGUAAGUUUGCAGAGGACACCAAACUAGGUGGGAGUGUUGAUCUACUUGAGGAUAGGAAGGCUCUACAGAGGGACCUGGACAGGCUGGAUCAAUGGGCCAAGGCCAACUGUAUGAGGUUUAAUAAGGCCAAGUGCCGGGUCCUGCAUUUCAGUCACAACAACCCCAGGGAACGCUACAGGCUUGGGGAAGAGUGGCUGGAAAGCUGCCCAGCAGCAAAGGACCUGGGGGUGCUGGUGGAGGGCCAGCUUAACAGGAGCCAGCAGUGUGCCCAGGUGGCCAAGAAGGCCAACAGCAUUCUGGCU